GAGUUACGUGCUCAAGAGGCUGAAAGCAAAGCACGCGAUUGUGAGCUCCGUUAUCAAGGCUCUGAAGACCCCGAACACCUGCGCCAAAUUCGUCGACUCCGAACGACAGCCGCUGAACUGCGCAAUCUCGUUACCGUACGUCAGAAUGCUGUCGCGAGAAAGCAAAAGUCCAUUCGGGAUCCUAAAACGCUGACGUUUUAUUUUGGAGUGAAUGUCAUGAAUCGCGCUUGCGAUGGUAUGUUUGUAUACAAUUGCUCGCGACUGAUAAAAAUGUAUCAACGUAUCGGACCACAACAAGAUUCGAGCAUGAUGUGUCGUGGAGUGGUGGGGAUUGUGGAUGUGCCUUACAUGGUUCUGGAACCUACCCACAACAAACAAGACUUUGCGGAUGCCAAGGAGUAUCGGCAGUUGAUGCGAGCAAUGGCUGAUCAUUUGAUGCAAUACUGGGAUGACCUUGGGAUUGAUAAAGAAGCUGAGGAUUUGGUUCGCUUUUGGAAAAGCUUUGGUUACCUGUCCGCUCGUUGGCGAGAUCCACCGAGUGGAGAGGAUAAAUAUGCACGGCGCCGUUGUUGUUCCGUCUCCAUAUGCGUCCAGUGUGACAAAUGUUUGAAAUGGCGUGUGCUACCUUUCUCCCAAAGUCUCGUCGGAAGAGACGUCCCCGACACUUGGCAGUGUCGUGAUAACCCUGAUCACAAACACAAGAGAUGUGAAGAUCCGGAGGAAGAUCUCAGUCCACCGAUGGGUGUUCUGAAGCGUAAAAUCAAAACGAAAGAGCAGCGCCAAGCAGAAUUAGAAAAGCAAAUUCGGAAGAAGCAGUUAGAAUUGAUUCAAGAUCCCGACGAUGAAAAUGACGCACGUUCUGGUGGUAAUACACGAAGUUCGCGAUCACUGACCGGCUCUUUCGCAAAACCAGCAGUCCAAGUCUCGUCCCCGAGGAAACGUCCACCUGCUGUCAGCCCCGGGUCUACGUUGCCCACCAAACGUCCAACUCAUCCCGUUACUCCACCUAGUCGUGCCAUGACUGUGGCGGAGAAGAAACGACAAAUUACCAACUCCAAUGGAUGCGCUUCGACACAGAAACGUACCGGAUUGCCUCUUCCCACAACAAAUCAGCGCCAACCUCCCUCAGGUGGUCUUGUUCCGAAAGUUCAACGAGAAGCACCUGCGAAGAACCGGCGAGUGGUCGUUAUGGACGAAGAAGAGGAGGAAGAGGAAGAAGAAGAGGAAGAGGAGGAGGAGGAGGAGGAAGAGGAAGAGAAGGUCGAAAAGAUGGCACGCAAAAAUGCUUCUCGGGCAAAACCGUCGGACAAAACCAAACCCACUAAGGCACCACCAUCGACUGCAGUUGAAACGACCAGUGAACCAAAGACACUCGUGAGUCACCUUGGAAUUUUCCCUUCGAACUAUGAUAUGCAUGCCACGCGGCAUGAAAUAACUAUUGUUCAAACUAAUUUUGGUUAUCUGCGAGGUUUCGCGAUUGGGACCGAAUACAAGUAUUAUAUGUCCGGCUUAAUCUACCUUCAUCCUAGUUGA